GAAUGGGGCCCUUGGAAGCAGCAGGCGAAGAAAACCAGACGGAUGAAACGAACAUGGAGCUGUUCACCAAGCUGUACUUGCCGAGAUAUACCACGCCGCUCAAUGAAUUGGCUCUGGACCCUAAACCAGAACUAAAGGACAGCACAAUGCUGGUUGAAGUGCAGAUAAUCCUCAUCUUUGCCUACUGCUCCAUCAUCCUGCUGGGCGUGAUUGGGAACUCCCUUGUCAUCCACGUCAUCAUCAAGUUCAAAAGCAUGCGCACAGUGACUAACUUCUUCAUUGCCAACCUGGCUGUGGCCGACCUGCUGGUGAAUACGCUGUGUCUGCCCUUCACUUUGGUUUACACGCUGUUGGGCGAAUGGAAGCUGGGCCCGGUUUUGUGCCACCUGGUGCCUUAUGCCCAGGCUCUUGCUGUGCACGUAUCUACUGUUACUUUAACCGUGAUCGCUUUGGAUCGUCAUCGCUGCAUUGUCUACCACCUGGAAAGCAAAAUCUCUAAGCGGAUCAGCUUCCUGAUUAUAGGAGUUGCCUGGGCAGUCAGUGCCCUGCUAGCAAGUCCUCUAGCCAUUUUCCGUGAGUACUCUUUAAUUGAGAUAAUUCCUGACUUCAAGAUUGUGGUCUGCUCUGAGAAGUGGCCAGGGGAGGGGCAGCUUAACUAUGGCACCAUCUACAGUGUCUCCAUGCUCCUGAUCCAGUACGUGCUGCCUCUGGCAGUCAUCUCCUAUGCCUACGCCCGUAUUUGGACCAAGCUCAAGAACCACGUUAGCCCUGGGGCAGGGAACGACCACUACCACCACCGGCGGCGGAAAACCACCAAGAUGCUGGUGUGUGUGGUCGUGGUGUUCGCUGUCAGCUGGCUGCCGUUUCACACCUUCCAGCUAGUGAGCGACAUUGACAGUCAGGUGUUAGACCUGAAAGAGUACAAACUGAUCUACACAGUGUUUCACGUCAUCGCCAUGUGCUCAACGUUUGCUAACCCCCUUCUCUAUGGCUGGAUGAAUAACAACUACAGGACGGCCUUCCUCACGGCCUUCCAGUGUGAACAGCGGCUGGACUCCAUCCACCCUGAGGUAUCAGCAGCUUUCAAAGCCAGGAAGAAACUAGAAGCAAAGAGGAUUCAAUUCCCUGGAGACUCUUUCACACAACCUACCAAUGUCUAACAUGUCUGACUUUAAAGAAGACAUGAAUAUGUUGUGGACAAAGGGAUAAAUCCAUUUUGACACAUGCAAUUUUAAUGCAUAGUUCUAUUCAUA